GGAACAACGCUGCUGCGCCGCCACCAGUGUAUGGUUACCCGCCCGUGUAUCCGCCACCAAACACAUCUUACCCUCCACCACCGCCUGCGGGGUCGCACUCCCCAUACCUCCAGCAAGGUGGACCGGCCGUGCCGACAUACGAUCAACACGAGGCAGAGACUAUGAAAAAGGGUGAACCGCCUAUGGGAUACCCCGCACCCCCUCCAGACUAUGCUGCGGAUACUCCUGCUGCCGCUACGGCGUCCUCGUCUGACCCAAAUCCGACUGUUCCAUGGGGAAUGGAGCCGUCUACAGAAGAAAUGGACCAGCGGUUUGAAGGGACCAGUAAGGGCAAGUUCGCCAUACUUACAGGAACAAACACUGUUCGCUGCAUGGGAUGCGGUCAAAACUGCGUUUACAAAGAUCCUACAGUUAAAUUUAUAAGAUGCCCACGCUGCAAACAAUGGACACCCCGCAAACACGCAAAGCCUAUAAACGAGGAUUACGAGUUUGUUCACUGUGGUGGACAGUGCAAUGUCCUAUUGCUGGUGCCGAAAGGAGUGACCGUGUUCAAGUGUCCGCGAGAGAGAGUUGUGGUUGGCGCGAAAGGGAAGAUGGGUUUGCAGCCGAAGGCCAGAUGA